ACGUUAGCUAGGUAGCCAGGCAGAUGAAUGAUAAAAUAUUCUUACUUAUUUUGUAAUGUGUCACAAAACAGACCGGUAGCAAAGUGUUGUCACUUGCCUGUUUUGUCGUUGUUCGUGUGACAUCUUGCUAAGAUUAGCUAGCUAGCGCAAGACUGCUGCAUCUAUCUAGCUAACGUGAUAGUUUGCUAAGUAACUGCAAUCUAUGCUCGUUCAAAGUUGCUGACUAUAAAGCUAGCUAGCUGGCUAUAAUAUGCAUUUUGUUGUCCUGGUUAUCAUAAGUCUUAUUUUUGUUCACCAUUGCUAUAGCUAGCUAACUAACGUUAGAUCUCUAAUAAUUGUAACGAAUGUUGUUUGCUGGUAACUGUUAAAGGGGACUAGAAAGGAGAACUCACCAACAAGCUGUCUGCUCUGCUCCUCUAUGUCACUUCAUAAAAAAAUAACCUUUUAUUAGUUGAAUCAGGUGUGUUGUUGUAGUGCUGGUUUGGAACAAACGCCUGCACACUUUAUUUAUGUGGUCACCAGGUACUGACCUCUUUUGUAAUGUCAUUUAAGAAUCGGCUGAUGGCUCACAUUUUUUUCCCCGAAUCAUUUGGCCUAACCUAAUCACUUCUCUAUCAGGCUACAGUAAGGUGUGAGGACACACGAGGGUUUGUCCACAGUAUUGCUGUCCUGUAUUGAAUAGGUAUUUCAAUCAGGAUUAGGCUACCACUUGGAUAAGGUAAGGGGCUUGGUACAGCUGUGGCUACCUGUACAGUCCUGUAGGAUUUAUGUGGUUUGUCUCCUUUGUAAAUUGAACCUAGGCCAUGCUAUAGUGUAGGGUGGUCAAGACCACCCUUCUCCUUUACUCACUUGACUAUCAUUUAUUCUAGCCCUUGCCAACAUGUCCAAGCAUUGAAAGUUACUAUUCCCAGUGUGAGAGAGCGUCCCCAACCACUAACACCCCCAUGUGUAUCAUCUUCUUCAAGUUUGACCCUCGACCUGCAUCCAAAAAUGCCUACAGGGCUAGACCUGGAGGAGGGGAAGGAAGGCGGGUCAUGGCUGGGAAUCAACAAGCGGGGCAAGCUGGCCGCACUGACCAAUUACCUGGAGGGAAGGCCCAAUCCAGACGCACAAGGAAGAGGGUUCUUGGUGUCUAACUUCCUGACGGAUCAUAGCCAGGACAGCUAUUCCUACCUGAAGAGGGUGUCAUCUGAGAGACAUCUCUACAACGGCUUCAACCUCCUCACAGCUGAGUUCAAGGCCAAAGAAGACACUAUGUGUUACUAUGGAAACAGAGGCAACACCGAACCCAUCCAUCUAAAUCCAGCAGGAAUCUAUGGUUUGAGUAACUCCCUGUUGGAGACCCCAUGGAGGAAGCUGCUCCAUGGGAAGAGACUGUUCACCAGUGUAGUGAACCAACCCUUGCCCUGUGAGGUUCUGGUCCAGGACCUGCUCAACGUCCUCAACAACGAGGAGCUGAACACUCCUGACCCGGCUCAGGAGAGCCAGGGUGAAGGUUACAGCAGCCCCAUGCUGCGGGUCCUGUCCUCCGUGUGUGUUCGAUCCCCGCAUUAUGGCACAAGUCCCACCAAUUGGCUCUCCCAUUUGUCAUGCUGUGCCUGCCAUCAGAGGACCAAUACCAUUAUCCUCAUAGACUCAUCAGGGAACGUGACCUUCACAGAGCGCACCAUGCUCAACUGUGACAUCAGCCAAUGGAGCACAAGCUCUUUCCAGUUCAAACUCAAGGACUGAAGAUGACUUUGUGGGAAUUACACUGUGCCUUUCUGCAUCCUUCCUCCUAUCCAUCAUCCCACAGCAAGUUCUGACCGUAGUGGAAUGAACAUUUUCCUUUUUCCAUUUAAAAUGGUGGUGGGAGAGCUUGAAAUUAUGGUACUUGUUUGGAAAGAGUUUGAUUUGCAUUUGUCAAGUAAUUGCCUUUGGGAAAUAUAUUUUAGCUUGGCUUAGACAUAUGAAUGUGGGAAUUUAUCAAAUCAUAUAUUAUGGGUGUUAUUUAAUCUUAAAUUAUAUCAAAGAAAUUGCUAUUUUGAAUUGUGUUCUUAAAAAGGGGUUUUAUUGCCAAAGAACAAAUGUAAUUUAACAAACUAAAAGACAUUUUUUACAUUUCACAUUGCAUCUAUUUACUCAGCACUCGAUUGCUGAGAAAGACGAGAACUAAAAGGUUAAAGUAAUUCCUGCUUCGUGCCUCAGACUGCCAUCUUCUAGGUGAGUUGGUUUGCAUCUCAAGAGUGUAAAAUGGUAACACUCAUAGAAGCAGCAGCAGCCAUCACCUAUCUGUAUAAAAAGCUGUAAAAAUAAUGAAAGGUUUGAUUUCCUAAAUGUUAAUCUCAGGUGUUAUAACUUUCCUGUGACAUAAUUAUGAAGGCAUAUUACGACAGCCUGCCUUGUACUAUAAUAAUUAUCAUUGCACUGGAUUUUGACUUUGUGACCCAGGUUUGCUAGUUACAAGUAAAACACAGAGGAAAGGACUUAAAAUGUUUUUUCUAAAUGGUAAGCAAGUUUUUCUUGUUAUAUUUUCUGCCUUGUUCCACAUACUGCAUAGGAGAACAGAUUGCCUUGCUGUGAAAUAACUGAAAGGAUUCAUUUUGUCACUCACACCUUCAGUGUUUUGUGGUUCUUACCCACUUUUUCUCUAUGUAUAACAGUCCGUUACUCUCACAAAUUGUAAUGACCGUUUCAAGUUUUGUGUGUUGAUGUGUACCAUCGAGGAUCCCAGUGGUUUUUUGUAACUGACCUCAGGUAUCCAUAGAAGUAUAGAAACCCCUGUUUACCAUGUCACUGUUGUCUUGAUAUCUUUUGUGAAUAAAGUACUUUUUCAUCUGUA